CUCCGUUCAGCAACAAUGGCGAGAACCAAACAAAUUGCUAAACGGAGUGUAUCCAAGCACAAAAUCGCUGUGGGACCUUAUUCAACGAACACACCACCAAGAACAAGUCCAAGGAAAAAUCCAGCAAGUUCCGCAGGAGAAAACAAGAGACCACACCGUCAUAAGCCUGGGACUCAGGCCCUUCGUGAGAUUCGGCGUUUGCAGAAGACUGUUAAUCUUCUCAUUCCAGCCGCUCCUUUCAUUCGAACUGUAAAAGAGAUCAGCAAUUACUUUUCCCCAGAAAUCACUCGCUGGCAAGCUGAAGCUUUACAAGCACUUCAGGAGGCAGCAGAAGAUUACAUCAUUCAAUUGUUCGAGGAUUCAAUGCUAUGUGCAAUACACGCAAAGCGUGUGACCGUUAUGAAAAAGGAUUGGGAGUUGGCACGGAGACUUGGAAAGAAAGGACAACCCUGGUAAUUAUGCUCUUCUGGG